GGCGGCGGGCACCAUGUCGGUGAGCGACAUGUUCAUCGCGCUGCAGGGCGUCCUCACCGCCGACCAGGACAUCCGCGAGGAGAUCCGGAAGGUGGUGCAGGCGCUGGAGCAGACGGCCCGGGAGAUCCUCACGCUGCUGCAGGGCGUGCACCAGGGAGCCGGCUUCCAGGACAUACCAAAGAAAUGUCAGAAGGCUCGCGAACACUUUGGUACAGUGAGAACACAGCUGGAAUCUCUGAAGACCAAGUUUCCUGCUGAUCAGUAUUACAGAUUUCAUGAGCACUGGAGGUUUGUGCUUCAGCGGUUGGUGUUUCUGGCAGCAUUUGUAGUCUACUUGGAGUCAGAAAUGUUAGUGACCCGAGAAGCUGUUGCAGAAAUACUUGGGAUUGAAGCCGAUCGAGAGCGAGGCUUUCACCUGGACAUUGAAGACUAUCUUUCUGGUGUAUUAACUCUCGCCAGUGAGCUGGCCAGACUGGCAGUGAACAGCGUCACGGCUGGUGACUAUUCUCGCCCUCUCCGCAUCUCAACUUUUAUCAACGAGCUGGAUUCUGGCUUCCGUCUCCUCAACCUGAAGAAUGACUCCCUGAGGAAACGUUACGAUGGCCUGAAAUACGAUGUCAAGAAAAUUGAGGAAGUGGUUUACGACUUGUCGAUCAGAGGACUCAAUAAGGAGGCAACAGUUGGUGCGGGCGGAGAGAAAUGAAGGAUGCUUAUUUUAACAGCAUCAUUGAUUACCUCAGAUGGUUGCCAAUUUAGGAAGCAUGCUAGCAAAGCCUUCCUACAGUAGUUUAGAAGAACUGCAGCUGAAAGCUGCUCUCUAUUUUCUUACAAAAGGUGUAGUACGGGUGUUAGAUCUCAAAAUGUUUUGUAAAAUCAUGUCUAGAUUAGGGCAGGAGGCUCCCUGUUUCCAGUGGAAUUCCUCUGUCAAAACACACGGUGCCGUUCUGUGCACAGCAGCAAUAGUAGUCAGUAACUCCCAUGAGCUGAAAUUCUCGUUAGUUCUGUAGUGUUGCUUCACUGCUCUGGCAGUGAUGUGCUUCGGCUGUCUCUGCUCACACAGCUUUAAAGACGUGUGCACAGCACGCAGCUCAGUGCAGAUACAUGUGAUGUUUUAGAAAAUACAGUGUGUAAAUAGCUAUACAUUUUUUUAAGACACUGAUUUUUGUUGGCCUUUUUGUUUCUUAAAAUUUUCACCUACGUCAGUAAGUUGAACAGAUUUGCAUAACUGUUUAUUAAUCAGAUCUUUUUAAAUGGCUUCUGUUAAUGUAUCCCCCUUAAUUGAGAAAUUAGUGAAACUAUUGCUGAGAAUUUCUCCAUUGGAACUGGCGUAUUGCACCCGGGCACAUCUCUCUCUCUUGUUUUUUCCUUUCCUCCAAGAUUUCUGUUGCCAGGGAGAGCAAGGUUUUCUCAAACAUCUGCUUUCACUGGCCAGUAUUUGUUUUACUGACAUGAGUAAAUGUUGAGUUUUAAUAUGAUCAUUUGCCUUGAGAACUCGGUGUAACCUAUUUUUAUUAACUACCAAGGUUUCCGAAUAGAGAAGUGUUAACUGAUAAACUGCAGGUAGCGUCUGAGUUUUAACAACCUACAUAGGCCACAACUGUACCUGUGUUCUGGGAUUAAAAAAAAAAAAACCACACCAAAACUAUAGUUCAUGUAGUAAAGUGUUUGUAUCAUCAGAAAAGGGGAAACUACUAGUUUCAGGUACUUUGCAUGUAAGAUGUUUGCAAAUACCAACAGCCUCUUUCAUUUGUGUAAAUGGACAGACUCAUACCUCCCAGUGUGUGUGUUCUCUUGUCCUAAAUGACUUUGAGUUUUCUGAGUUCUCCUACUUCUGGUGGUGCAGUAGGGUUAAGGAGAAAAGCUAAGUUACUGAGGAGGAGGAAUAUUUCCAGAGGAAGAAUACGAACAGUCAAGUUUAUGUGGGGUUUGUUAGUGUUUCAUUUUGUUAGCAAAGAUUUCCUGCUGUUUCAGUUAGGUUUUUGUUUUGUUUAUUGGAAGAAAAUGGUUUCUUGGUUAUUUUGGCCAAUAAAAGCUGUUCUUUGAUUUUGGCCAUUUGGUAA